AUGGCAUUGCGACAAGGCAUGUUGGCCACUAUUGGUGCGCUGACAGGCUUGGCCUCUACAGCCCUUGCUCAAACCACUCUGUUGUCUAGCUGGCAAUCCGUUCAAUCGGCCAAUACCAGCACUAUCUGGCCAUGGCUUGAGUACCAGAGCGAACCCUCUUUCAAUCCACCCGAACUCUCCAUCAGCUGGAACGGGGAGGCACUUGAACCAGGAGUCAUUCUUCUCGAGCCCAGGAACUUUGAUGGUAGCAAUGCCACCAAGCAACAGGGUCCAUUGAUCAUGACAUCCUUUGGUGAUCUGGUUUGGAGUGGGCCUACCGUCGACGAUUCGUCGCCCUACGAGUACAGCAACUUCCGGAUGCAGGCCCUAAACGGAACACAGUACUUGACUUACUGGCACGGAUACCGACAAGAUGGCAUCAACUCCAGUAUUGGAUAUGGGAGUCUUUCCAUAUUGAACUCUGAAUAUGAGAGAGAAUUCACUGUCUGCCCAAAAUUGGGCAUCAAGACGCAAAAGUCGGCAAUCCAUCAUUGUGAUAUUGAUUACAACGAGCAGUACAUCACACCUUGGGGAACGCUUCUGGUUACCGCAUACAAUUUGACCCAGGUGGACCUCACAUCUGUCAACGGCUCGGCUAGUGGAUGGGUAUUAGAUUCUCAAAUUCACAAGAUUGAUGUUCGCACCUCCAAGUCUAUUUGGAAGUGGAGUGCACUUGAUCACAUCCCACUCAAUGCUUCUCAAUUGCCGCUCAUUGAUGGUGCUCAAAAUGCAUCGGUGGCUUGGGAUUAUGUGCACAUCGAUUCUGUUUCAGCUUAUGACGGUAAUCUGCUGGUCAACGCACGCCACACUUGGAAUGUAUAUGCCAUCGACCGUACAGAUGGAGAUAUAAUGUGGACAUUCAAUGGUGAGACUGGAGGAGAUUGGGGUAUUGUUCCCGAGGAAUCGUCUUUUAGAAGGCAAUACCACACGCGAGUUCAUGAUUACGGACCUGAUUUCGUCAUCUUCUCAAUGUUCGUGAACCACAACUAUGCCGGCGCGAACGGCACCUCGGGUACUGUACCAACAGUUGGCCGCGAAUUCCAUCUCUCCCUGCCCCCAAGCAGAAAUGUUUCACCCCUCUCCCUCAACACACUCAACGAAUCCAGUAGUCUCUGGAGUGAUUCGUUCGGCUCAAUGGAUUAUGUCCCUGACCAACAAAACUCCACCACUCGCUUCUUGAGUUAUGGCCAACUUCCUUUGCUGCGAGAGUUUGGGGUCGGACCUGGUCCCAACGUAACAGAUCUCAAAUGGGAGGCUCGAUAUGGCUCUGAUAAUGAGGUUGCAGGUUAUCGGGCAUACAAGGGCUCGUGGAUUGGUACACCGACACAGAAGCCAAAGCUUAUAUUGGCUGAGGAAACGGCAUUUAUGAGCUGGAACGGAGCGACGGAGGUGAAGGCCUGGAAGGUGUAUCAGGAAUCGACGGCUAAUGACACAACUCUGUCACUCGUGGGAAUCGCGCAGAAUCGGGGAUUCGAGACGGCUGUUGAUUUGGGUUCUGUUGGCUGCUUUCUCGUUGAGCCGGUAGUCCCUACGGUUUUCAAUAGCGUCAAUUCUUCCAUUGUCUGUUCCAAAUAG